UGGUGGGAGGUUUCUUGGAGAGGCACGUGGUACUUGAUGCAGGAAUAAACCUACGGAUGCCUGCUUGGGGCGGGGCCGACUGAACUUUUUCCCCUUUCUCCUCUCCAUCUGGAAGAAACCUCCUUUUUAGAACUCCUUCCCUGGAUCAGAAAUUAAAUGGAGCUCCAUUAGAUAAAGUAUCCAGAAAACCAAAGCAACAACGAUACCGGAAAGAAAAACCUCAACAGCACACCUUUCUCCAUGCCCUCCUGGCCACUGCCCUGAAGGGCCACAGUGGGAAUGUCACUAGCAUGGACUUCAGCAGCAAUGGUAAAUACCUGGCCACCUGUGCUGAUGAUCGGACCAUUCAUAUCUGGAGCACCAAGAACUUCCUACAGGGCCAACCUCACAGUGUUCGUGUUAAUGUGAAAUUGGACCAUGCCAUCUUGGUGCGCUUCAGCCCUGAUUGCAGAGCCUUGAUCACCUGGCUGGCCUAUGCUGACACCAUCCGUGUUUUCAAAAUGAGCAAGAAAGAAGAUGGUGGCUCUAGUUUCCAACCUAUGGCAGAAGACUUCCCUAAGAAGCACAAGGCACCAGUCAUUAACAUCGGCAUUGCUGAGACAGGAAAGUUCAUCAUGUCUGUCUCCAGCGACACUACAAUCAUCCUCUGGACCCUCAAGGGGGAGGUACUGCACAUCAUCAACACAAACCAGAUGAACAAUACGUAUGCAGUCAUCUCCCCAUGCAGCAGAUUUGUGGCUUCAUGUGGCUUCACUCCAGAUGCUAAAGUUUGGGAAGUUUGCUUUAGCAAAAAUGGACAAUUCCGGGAAGUAGUCCGCGCCUUUGAACUGAAGGGCCACACUGCUGGCAUCCACUCCUUGGCUUUCUCCAGUGACUCCUGCCGGAUGGCAACUGUCUCCAAGGAUGGGAAGUGGAAAUUGUGGGCCACAGAUGUAGAGUACAAGUACCAGCAAGACCCCUACGUCCUGUUGACAGGGAUCUGUAAUGAAGCAGCCACUAUGCCUUGCCUCCUGGCACUCUCUCCAGAUGCCCAGGUCUUGGCUCUGGCCAAUAGCAACAACGUACGACUGUACAACACCAAACGGGGUGAGGAAGAAGAGUAUUUUAGCAAGGUACACGGGGAGUGUGUGGCUGAAUUGACCUUUGACACCACUGGGCGGUUCCUGGCUUCCUGUGGAGACAGGGUGGUGCGGAUCUUCCACAACAGCACUGGCCAAAGGGCCAUAGUGGAGGAAAUACGAGGACUCCUCAAACGGGCCACCACUGACAGCACCCGCCAGAGACUGCAUCAGCAGCUGGCCCAAGCCCAGGCUACACUCAAGAGUCUGGGGGCCUUGAAGGUCUGAGAAGGAAAAGCUGGAACUGAAGGAACCAAUGAGAGGUUGGGGAUCCUUGCUGCUGUUGCCCGUCUUCCUCACCCUUUGCUCAGAGUGGCCUUGAAACAGGGCAUCAUAAUAGGAUCUUUCCCUUGUUUUUCCCCUUUCCUUCUACCCCUCCUCUGUCUCUCACUAGACAUUUUCUGGCCUUCAGACUAAAACCAGCAGUCCUUCCUCCAGCUAAGGCCUUAUCCCUGAGACUCUGGAAGCAUUCCGUAUCGGUAUUCUGGGACCUGGAAAAGAGAAAAUUUUCCUAUGUUUCUUGGCUUUGUGACUCCAAGCCCCAUUUUUUCUCCAGGGAAGGACCUUAAACCCUUAAGAUCCGUUGUUUUGGCAGCUGCCUUUGGGCAUGGAUAGUAAUUAAUUGUGUUUGUCCCAGUGGUUGGUCCAAGAGACAGAUUCCAGCCAGACCUGGAUAGUGUUAUAGGAGGAAAAGAGAAGUGAAUGGACCAGAAAGUUUGUGGAAUCAGAAUGAUCUUUUCUCUUGUGGCAGCACAUUUAUACACAGAAUUAGAGAUUGGUUGAAAGCAGUUUUAGAUAAGAACCAAUGUUUACUGGAGGGCAGAAUACAGAGAUAUUGCAUUUCCAAAUAAUGGACCUAGAUCAGAGAGAUGGGAAAGUUUGGACACUGUUUACCCAUGGUUCUUGGCUCGGGCAUAAACCCCUGGCAGGCCACUACCUCUUCUGUUCUGUCUCUGGAUUUCAUGGUUUAUAAACAGAGGAGUGAGUGAUACCUACUUGUUAACCUACCUCACAGGGGUGUUGUGAGGCCAGACAAAUAUGUGUCAAGUGCUGCCAUUUUGAACAAAAGAUGCUAAAGUUUUGAAUACA